UGCAGUGUAGAAUACUUAUCAGUGACAUUCCACAGGAGAGAUUUACUGCAGAUGGAAAUACCCUAAAUCUUGUUCCACUUUGUAAGGGACCACCCUUGCCUUGCAGGCUGCAGUGUUUUAAAGGUUUAGCCCUCCCAGGACGACUGUUUCUACAAGACAAAUGGCAACAGAUUGAAUCUCAGGGACGUCUUUGCGUUUAAAAGGGCAGGUGUGGACAGGUUUCAGUAUCUGGGACGUCUCUCAGGUUUACUCUGAAGGAUCUGGCUAAGGAGGUCUGUCAGGGUUUUGAACUUCUGCUAAGUUCUUUGAGGACUUCUUGAAGGGUUGUGGGUAACCUGCUGGUCUGCCAAGUUUCAUACGGGACACUCAGGACAUUCAGCACCCUCAAUCACCCACCACUAGAGGGCCCAGUCUGACAACAUACAGGAAGUAUUAUUUAAGUAAUUACUGUAUACUGUAUUUUUCACAGACCAUUUAGCCAAUAAUUAAGCUUCUCUUGGUACAUUCCUUCUGUGUUUUGUGUUGGUUUCAUAUAACUUAACACCAGUCUAAAAGUACAUGGUAGAUAAUAUAAAGAAUUAAAGGAAUUACAUAAUAGUAUUGUAGACAUACUCAGACACACAGUAAUAUACUUUCAAUUGUCAUUAGAGUCUGGGAAAUAUGAAAGGAAACAAAUUGUAAAGAAAAGAUUAAUUAUUAACAACAGGUGUUAGGCCCAACCUGAUCAGCUGCCAGGAACAAGGAAGCUACUCCCACGUAAAUAAAAACCUGUUUGGUUGCUCUUUUGUUUAACCACCUUUGACUUGCAAAGAGGAAUGCAGGUCGCAGAGCUGUACCAGAGCUGUACGAGAGCUGUACAGUGCUCAACUUAGGGCUAGCAAAAAUGCUGAAAAAACUCUUUAGCUGCCUGGCCCUUUUUGCUUUUGUUAGUAUGGUAUGUUUUCUUGUGGUUCUAUUCUAUAGCAAAGACAGCACUUUUCUUCUUUUUACAAUGCCAUAUCGUAUGGCAGAUGGAAACAACACAUAUUCCCAGUUAAUAAAAAAACUCGUUCCACCGGAGACUGAAGCCCAAAAUGCCAGCCGAGAAGAGACACGGAAGCCACCCAAUACGAGCAAGACUUUGGGACCCUGCCCUGACACCUCUCCAAAUCUUGUGGGUCCACUCCAUGUGGAGUUUAAUUCUAACCGGACUUUGGAUGACGUGAGAAAGGAAGUUGGUUCCAUUCUUCAGGAAGGUGGACGCUACAAGCCACCAGACUGUACUGCCCAACAAAAGGUGGCGAUCAUCGUCGCAUUCCGAAAUCGGCAUGAGCACCUGAAGCAUUGGCUGUAUUACCUCCAUCCCAUAUUGAUACGACAGCAGUUGGACUACAGAGUGUAUAUCAUCAACCAGGAUGGAGAGGGAGUGUUCAACCGGGCUAAACUGAUGAACACAGGCUACGUCGAAGCACUGAAGGAAUAUGAUUAUGAUUGCUUUGUCUUCUCUGACAUAGAUCUGGUUCCUAUGGAUGACCGUAACCUCUAUAGAUGUUUUAACAAUCCCCGACACUUGGCUGUGGCUAUGGACAAAUUUAACUUCCACUUACCCUAUAACGGCUACUUUGGUGGGGUUUCUUCAUUGUCUAAGGAACAAUACUUGAAGAUUAAUGGCUUCCCGAACAGUUUCUGGGGCUGGGGUGGUGAGGACGAUGAUAUCUAUAACCGAAUUCUUCACCGUGGAAUGUCCAUUUCUCGACCUGACUCGGUGACAGGAAAGUACAGGAUGAUCAAACAUGAGAGAGACCUGCACAAUGAGCCCAAUCCAAAUAAUCCUGGCAAAUUAAGCCAAACCCAGUGGACCAUGAAUACAGAUGGCAUUAAUUCCCUUAAAUAUUCAGUCAAGGAUAUUGUGAGGGAUAGACUGUAUACUUUUAUCACUGUGGAUAUUGAGGCUCCAUCAAGAUGAAUGAGGAUGGAACUGCUGUUGACUAAAGAUUCAUGGUGUUUCAGAACAGCCAUUGUAAUAUUUCUAUUGAAAACAUGUAACUGUGAUGUUUUGGAAAUUUUCAUCUAAAGGCUUAGGACCUUUUAGGAACCUGUAAGUUUGGAACUGGUGAUUUUAUGUUCUUAAAAUCUUUGUGAAUCCAAUCUGUCAAUUCUUUAUUUAACCAAGGGAAGGUGUGUGUUGGUGUAGGGUUAUGUAGGUGUGUGUGUGUGUGUGUGUGUGUGUGUGUGUGUAUGUGCCCAAGUGCACUAAACAAACCGUAUGUAAGCUUUAUGAAUAUGAAGUAAAGACAUUGUUUCUCA